CAUGUCUUCUUCUACUGAUCAAUCCUUCAACCUCAUCCUCCAGUUGCGAUCGUCAUUGACUGCGGCACAACAACCCUUAAAUACUAAUUUCUCGGAGUACGGAGAUGUCUUCAGACAUGACAUAGAAGGAGAAAAAGCUCUUGAGGUGAAUUCAAUGGGCAAAAUAAAGGAACAUGUGAAUUCUAUACAAUCGAUGUUGGGGUCUAUGAACGAUGGAGGUCGUGUGAGCAUAUCAGCUUAUGAUACCGCAUGGGUAGCUCUAGUUGAAGAUCUCCACGGAAAUGGUGGUCCUCAGUUCCCCAAAUGCCUUGAAUGGAUUUCUAAUAAUCAGCUCCCCGAUGGUUCAUGGGGUGACGCUUUGAUAUUCAAAGCCAGUGAUCGAUUAAUCAGCACUUUAGCUUGUGUAAUUGCACUAAAAUCAUGGAACAUUCAUCCGGACAAAACCAAAAAAGGAAUGGAAUUCGUCAAAGAAAACAUACACAAGCUUGAAGAUGAGAAUGAGGAGAACAUGCUGAGUGGCUUUGAAGUAGCAUUCCCUUCGCUUAUAGAAAUCGGUCGCAAGUUAGAUAUCAAAGUCCCAGUUGAUCAUGUAGUAUUACAGGAGAUCUAUGCCAGGAGAAAUCUGAAGCUCGCAAGGAUACCAAAGGGCAUAAUGCACAGGGUGCCCACAUCACUGCUCUAUAGCCUGGAAGGAAUGCAAGACCAAGACCUGGAUUGGGAAAAGCUACUUAAGUUUCAGUUUCCAGAUGGAUCAUUCUGCACUUCUCCUUCUUCCACCGCGUUUGCAUUAAUGCAGACUAAAGAUGAAAAAUGCUUGAGAUAUCUUAGCACAACCGUUGAAACAUUCGUCGACGGGGGAGUUCCCAAUGUUUACCCCGUGGACAUACUUGAGCUCCUUUGGGCUGUUGAUAGGCUCCGACGCCUUGGAAUUUCCCGGUAUUUCCAGUCAGAGGUUACAGAAUGUUUGGAUUACGUCUACAGAUAUUGGACUGAGCAAGGAGUUUUUUCAGCAAGCAAUUCUACCAUUCAUGACAUAGACGACACAGCCAUGGGUUUUAGGCUUUUACGACUACACGGCUACCAAGUUUCUGCUGAUGUGUUUCAGCAUUUUGAGAAGGAUGGGGAGUUCUUCUGCCUUGCUGGGCAGUCAACUGAGGGAGUAACUCCAAUGUAUAACCUGUAUAGGGCUUCUCAGAUUCUAUUUCCAGAAGAAAAUAUCCUCGAAGAUGCCAAGAAAUUCACAUCCAAGUUCUUGAGAGAGAAACAAGCCAGCAACAAGCUCCUAGAUAAAUGGGUAAUAGCCAAGGACUUACCCGGUGAGGUGGGAUAUGCUCUGGACGUGCCAUGGUAUGCCAGCCUACCUCGGGUGGAGACGAGGUUCUACUUGGACCAAUAUGGUGGUGCAGCUGAUGUCUGGAUUGGCAAGACCUUGUACAGGCUGCUUAAUGUUAGUAGUAACAACUACUUGGAGCUUGCCAAAUUAGACUACAAGAACUGCCAAGGAUUGCAUUUGAGAGAAUGGAACACCAUUCACAAAUGGUACACAGAAUGCAACCUUGAACAGUUUGGAAUGAGCAAAAAAGACAUGCUCUUCGGAUAUUAUUUGGCUACAGCAAGUAUCUAUGAACCAGAAAGGGCAAAAGAGCGACUUGCAUGGGCUCAAACCAGAAUAUUGAUGGAAGCGGUUGUAUCUUCUUUUGAAAACGAAGGAACUUGGGAGAGGAGUGCGUUCCUUUGUGAAUUUAGAAAGCGUCGUAGUGACUACGUGACUAGUAGGUGGGAUGGAAAAAUAACGAGGGGACAGGGACAGGGACUUGUCGCGGUAUUGCUUGGAACCCUCAAUCGACUCUUGUCCGAUGCGCAUGUGGUACAGGAUAGGGAAAUAUUCCACCACCACUUACAUCAAACUUGGGAGACGUGGAUAAUGACGUGGCAAGAAGAUGGUGACAUGCGAGAGGGACAAGCAGAACUUUUAGUCCGUACAAUAAAUUUGUGUGCCAAUUUUGGGGCGCCUGAGAAACUUCCACAACUCUCCCAUCCUCGGUACAAGCAUCUCAACGACAUUGCCAAUGGAGUUUGUUGCCAACUCCUGCAGUUUCAACACCGGCAACCAUCACGCAACAAGAUUCAGGGCAAGGACAAGUGCAACACAACCCUCCGUAUCGAAUCAGACAUGCAAGAACUAGUGCAGUUAGUAGUUUGUGCUUCAUCAGAUGACAUCGACUCUGAUAUCAAGCAAACUUUUCUUGCAGUUGCAAAGUCUUACUAUUAUGCUGCCUAUUUUGUUCCUGCAACUAUUGAUUUUCACAUUGCCAAAGUACUACUUGAAAGAAUAGUGUGAUAUUUGUAUGAAAAAAGUAUCAAUAUCUCAAGAGACGUAUUGCGAAUUCUAAUUAAUGGGUGUUUUUAUCCUAA